AUUUCCAAAAAAUUGUACCAAUGCCAAUUGAAACAAUAAUAAUGAUUGCAGCACCAUCGUCAAUUGACAUUGUAUUUUGUAAUGCUUAGAUACCCACAGUACACAUAUCAUCUCAAUUGCAUCUCUCUAAAAUAAAAUUCUUGUGGUUUUAACUGUUAUCAUAAGGCUUGGAAGGAAGAGGUGUGGCUCAUUAAUUUUAUUGAUUUCAUGUUCGCCCCAUAGAACAUGCAGGUAAGAUUCCUGUUGUUGUCAACACUGUUCUUCUUCCUUUUACCUGAGUCUCUAGCUGAUGAAGGGGCUGGUGAUGGUACUUGCAUUAAUAACUAUUCAGACCUGUUAGACGCACUUCGAGACAGAGAAGCGGACAACGUUAGGAAACUACUGGACGCUUUUUAUCCACCGGAUGGUGGAGCAAAUGUCAAUUUUCUGGAUGUUGCCUAUUGCAUUAGCAAUUCCAGCAAUGAAUGCACUGUGAAUUACACCUACUACUGGGCAGACAGUAGUCUCUUGUUGGUGGUUGAGCCUCAGCUACUAAAUAUUUUAUCACUUUAUAUUAUCAGGUUUGGCAUUAGGCAAGUGACACUUAACAUUAGUCCAACUUUUUGCUCUGAUGAUAUUUCAAAAAAUAAACAGUUACUGAAGACUCUGACAGCAUGGUUAAAGGGCUAUGCAAUAGGUGGUAAUGACGAGCAAUUGAAAGGCUAUGUGAGGUACUAUGAAUCAGGCAAUGAAUUUCCAACGCAAUACUAUGAACUGAUUAAUGUUCGGGUUAACAUCCUUAUAACAUAUUGUCUAUUGACUGUCGUCAUUAAUGUAUUUUUGGUUCUCAGUUUUCGAGUAUGCUCGGGGAGCAUUAGAAAACGUAUUGAUAAAGCAAUCAAGAUUGCAGUCAGUACAGCUACUUCUGGAAUCUCUGGUGAGGGCAGUGACAUGAAUCAAACUCCUUUCUUAGAGUCGAUUUCUUCGCCAGCUCAUAAUGUUUUUUAUGUAUUUGCUAUUAUACUUUGGAGCUUUUAUGAUAGUUAUAAUGGAUACUUUGUUUCCAGAGUAAAGUAUAACACUGAAAACUGGCUUGUUUUUCUACCAGUACCAAUCAUAGUUUCCUCAUGUUUUAUUGUCAGCUUUUUUAUCCCUACAGUCAUCAAAUGCAUGACUUGUGCAGCAGUAAAGAAUGAUGGGCAGCAACACAUCAUUAGCCAAAUAGUAACAGUAUCACUUCUGACAGUUUUAAGUGCAUUUGCUGUAUUUCAUGGAUUCUGGAUUGCCAUCAUAUUUGCAGUGUAUCCUGGCCUAGUACUGUCUAAAAUCCUCCCUCUCAUCCCUAUGUAUCUACCAGCAAUGAUAAUAUAUAGGAGAGUACCAUAUUUCAUCAGAAGAUGCAGUAAAUUAGUUUGUAGAUAUGAGAACAGGGGACAGAGAAAACGUGAUGCCUGGGUCAUGAUUGCAGCAAUGUUCUACACAAUAUUCAUUUAUGUGGUGACAUGGCUACCAAUAUUGGCCCUUAUUGAUUAUGUUUCAUACCAACUGAACAUCAUUACAAUGUUUGGCAAUGAUCCGAUAGAGCUUAUGAUCAUUGUUGCAGUUGUCAGUAUCAUUACGUAUCGACUAGCAAUAAUUCUAAUUGAAGUUGAUCAAAGAAGUAAAACAGUGAAAAAAGAGGUGCUUAGCACUCAACUGGAUCAACCAGAUAAUGACCAUCCAAUAGAAUUGGAAGAAGUUGCUAACCAAUCAUCAGGUGUGGAAGACAAUAGAUCUAGACUCCACAAUGAAGAUGAUGAGAAUGAAGACAUGUCCUCCACUCAUACUGAGCACAAGUAAUCAAUGGAUGGUCAAAGAAAUCUUUUUAUGUACAUUUUAAUUAUUUUUGUCAAGUGUACAUGGCAUACUAUAUUAGUUCAUUAUUUUUAUUCUUGUCAUGCAAAGUGUUUUUGUCCGUAUAAGUCUUCUUGAUG